AGCAACAGCAGCAGCAGCACCGCCAGGGCUGCGCGGCCACAGAGAGCGAGCGGCCCGCGGCGAGGCCGUCCGUCCGUCCGUCCGUCCUUCUGUCCGCGGGCUUGUCAGCAGGAGCGCGGCGCCAGAGCCGCUCGGCCCCGGCUUCGGCCCGUCGUCCGGUCGCACCGCGAACCCGGAGGAAACGUGAAUGUGGACGGAGCGGCGAAGUUGAGUUCGGGGCCCGCGGCGCCGUGCGUCCUCGGGGUGCGUCCCUCCCGCGCCGCACGGACCUCGGCUCCCGGCGCCCCUUCUCCCCCGCCCCGAGCGAGCGAGCGAACGAUCGAACGAACGGCGUCUUCCCCGUGACUCGGGCGGCUGGGGGAGGGGCGGGGGUCACCAUGGCCGAGGCGCCCCAGGUAGUGGACACCGACCCGGACUUCGAGCCGCUGCCCCGGCCGCGCUCGUGCACCUGGCCGCUGCCCAGGCCGGAGUUCAGCCAGUCCAGCUCGGCCACGUCCAGCCCGGCGCCGUCGGGCGGCGCGGCCGUGAACCCCGACGUGCCCGCGAGCCUGCCCUCGGCGUCGGCGGCCGCGGUCAGCGCGGACUUCAUGAGCAACCUGAGCCUGCUGGAGGAGAGCGACGACUUCCCGCAGGCGCCCGGCUCCGUGGCGGCGGCGGUGGCCGCGGCCGCCGCUGCCGCCUCCGGGGGACUGUGCGGGGACUUCCCGGGUCCCGAGACGGGCUGCCUCCACCCGGCGGCGCCGCCGCAACCUCCGCCGCCCGGGCCGCUGUCGCAGCAUCCGCCGGUGCCUCCGGCCGCCGCGGGGUCGCUCGCUGGACAGCCGCCGCGCAAGAGCAGCUCGUCCCGCCGCAACGCGUGGGGCAACCUGUCCUACGCCGACCUCAUCACCAAGGCCAUCGAGAGCUCGGCGGAGAAGAGGCUCACCUUGUCGCAGAUCUACGAGUGGAUGGUCAAGAGCGUGCCCUACUUCAAGGAUAAGGGCGACAGCAACAGCUCGGCGGGCUGGAAGAAUUCAAUUCGUCAUAAUCUGUCCCUUCACAGCAAGUUCAUCCGUGUACAGAAUGAAGGAACUGGAAAAAGUUCUUGGUGGAUGCUAAAUCCAGAGGGAGGCAAGAGUGGGAAGUCUCCUAGGAGAAGAGCUGCAUCUAUGGACAACAACAGCAAAUUUGCUAAGAGCCGAGGCAGAGCUGCCAAGAAGAAAGCUUCUCUCCAGUCUGGCCAGGAAGGUCCUGGGGACAGUCCUGGAUCUCAGUUUUCUAAAUGGCCUGCGAGCCCCGGUUCUCACAGCAAUGACGACUUCGAUAACUGGAGUACAUUUCGCCCUCGAACUAGCUCCAACGCUAGUACCAUUAGUGGGAGGCUUUCUCCCAUCAUGACGGAACAGGAGGAUCUGGGAGAUGGGGAUGUGCAUUCUCUGGUGUACCCGCCCUCAGCUGCAAAGAUGGCUUCAACUUUGCCCAGUCUGUCUGAGAUCAGCAAUCCUGAAAACAUGGAAAACCUCUUGGAUAAUCUCAACCUUCUCUCAUCCCCAACAUCACUAACUGUUUCAACCCAGUCUUCACCUGGCAGCAUUAUGCAGCAAACACCAUGCUACUCAUUUGCACCACCAAACACCAGUCUGAAUUCACCCAGCCCAAACUACCAGAAGUACUCAUACGGCCAAUCCAGCAUGAGCCCUUUGCCCCAGAUGUCUAUGCAAACGCUUCAGGACAGCAAAUCGAGUUACGGAGGAUUGAACCAGUACAACUGUGCACCGGGACUCCUGAAGGAGUUGCUUACAUCUGACUCUCCUCCCCAUAAUGACAUCAUGUCAUCUGUUGAUCCUGGGGUUGCCCAGCCCAGUAGCCGGGUCUUGGGCCAGAGUGUGAUGAUGGGCCCAAAUUCAGUCAUGCCCACCUAUGGCAGCCAGGCACCUCAUAGCAAAAUGAUGACUCCCAGCUCCCACACCCACCCUGGACAUGCCCAACAAACAUCUUCAGUCAACGGGCGCUCCCUGCCCCACACAGUGAACCCCAUGCCCCAUGCCUCGGGCCUGAGCCGUCUGACCCCAGUGAAGACACCCUUACAAGUGCCUCUGCCCCACCCCAUGCAGAUGAGUGCCCUGGGCAGCUACUCUUCCGGGAGCAGCUGCAACGGCUAUGGCAGGGUGGGCGUCCUCCACCAGGAGAAGCUCCCAAGUGACUUGGAUGGCAUGUUUAUUGAGCGCUUGGACUGCGACAUGGAGUCCAUCAUUCGAAAUGACCUCAUGGAUGGAGAUACCUUGGAUUUUAACUUUGACAGCGUGCUGCCCAGCCAAAGCUUCCCACACAGUGUCAAGACUACGACACACAGCUGGGUGUCGGGCUAAGAGCUAGCGAGCAGGCUACACUUAAAAGUACUUCAGAUUGUCUGACAGCAGGAACUGAGAGAAGCAGUCCAAAGACGCCCUUCACCCCUUUUAGUUUUCUUGAUUAAAAAAAAAAAAAAAGAAAAAUCCUUUUUUUUUUUUUCUUUCCCCUUUCUUCAGACUUGGCAGCAGAGAUCCUUUUCCUGUACAGGAUGUUUGCCCGAUGUUUGCAGGUUCUGUGCUGCCGUAGAUAAGGACUGUGCCAUUGGAAGUUUCAUUACAAUGAAGUGCCAAACUCACUACACCAUGUCAUUGCAGAAAAAACUUUCAGAUCCUGGUGUGCUUUCAAGUUUUGUAUAUAAGCAGUAGAUAUAGAAUUGUAUUCUGUGUGUGUGUGUGUGUGUGUGUGUGUGUGUGUGUGUGUUUAUUUUUUAAUACCUACUUGGUCCAAGGAAAGUUUAUACUCUUUGUAAUACUGUGAUGGUCUCAUGUCUUGCUAAGUUAAACUUUUGUUUGUACUACCUGUGUUCUGCUGAAGUGACGAAUCACAAAGAACUGACGACUGUUCUCGCCUCUGCUGAACAGCUUUGAACCUGUUUCCUUGCUACAGGAUUCAUAUGAGAACCAAGUAGCCUGUUAUCAAUCUGCUGAAUUACGGACUUGUCAAACUUGGGGGGGGGGGAUAGAUUAAGUGCCAGCCUUGUACAGGUCUUUUCUAUUUUUUGUUUAUUUUGUUAUUUGCAAAUUUGUACAAACACUUAUAAUGGUUCUAAUUUCCAGGUAAAUGAUUUUUGAUGUUAUUGUUGGGACUUGAUCAUUUUUGGGAUACUGAACUGUAAUGUUUUCUUAAAACUAGAGUCUACUUUGUUACGUUGUCUGCUUGUAAAUUUGUGGAAUCACAAAUUUCUUUUUGUAUCUCUAACUGGAUUAGUACUAAUUUUAUAUGUGCUUAACUGGUUUGUACACUUUGGGAUGCUACCUGGUGAUGUUUUUGACUAAUCUUAAUCAUUAUAAUAAGUACUUGCAUACUCAACAUUUCUGGCCCUGUUUGGGCAGGAAAGUGAUGUAUAGUUACAGACACUUUGUGUUUCAUAUUUAGAAGAACUUAAUGUUUUUAUGUAUGUAUUUUAAAGAUAUUUCAUCUGCUUCUAUUACCCUGUGAAUUGUGUGCACCGCAUAGCAUCAGGUCUUCUGAUAGGUGCCUGUGUGUUGCAUAGUGACAGUUUUUCCAGGGAGGCCUCAUCAUGUCUGUAUCAUAAAGGGAGACCCAGAUCUAAAAUGAUUCUCCUGUGUCUUAACUGGGGACUUCUCUCAUGACUCUGAACUUUAUCUUGGUCCAUAUUGGGGUUGGUUCUGUAUCUGGUUUUUUGGGUCCCUAAAGAAUCAUGUCAAUCCUCAGUUUCCAUAUCUCUCCCUUUAGCCCUGAAAAAUUUUAAGUUGAAGGAGUCAGUUUGGAAAUAGAUCUUCAUUGAUUUGCAGAGUGCUUUGAGUUCAUAGUACGGUUAGCUAUCAAGUAGAACAGAACUAGUUUAAAAAUUGGGGCACUUAACUUGAAAACCAACCAUUUACAAGUUGCACUUUUCUUUUUAAAGCCUUGGCUCAUCAUUGAGAAUUUACCUUCAGCAGCCUAACUAUGACUGUGUCCAUUAAGUUUGGAUAGUUUCUUGUUCCCUGUUAUUGAUAGGCCAGGUUAAUUGGUUUUGCAUCCCAUUCCAUUCAUCAGUAUUUUGAAGUCACGUGGACCUCCCAAAGUCAUCACAAUAUGAGGUAUAAGUGUGUAACAGUGUCCUUCUUGCUUUCUUGAGAAAGCUUGACUUCUGUGUACACAUCCCAAAUAACAGUUGCUAUUUUUAAUAUGUUACUUGUGUCUCUGUUGGCUUAGUUUUUCAUGCAUGUUAACAAGAAUGUAAGUGUUCCUGAUAGGAUGCCACAGUCAGCCAGCGUUGUUGCCAGCCUCCCGCUGUGGCUUUCCUGUGUACUGAGCAGCCACACUCACGGUGCUCUUUGAGCACUCCAAACAGGGCUCUGCUUAGAAACCUUCAUUCCCGCAAGCAGUGCCCCUGUGUGUAGAGCAGAACUUGCGUGAGCUCCCUUCCUUCUCAGGUCCUCUGUCUCUCCCUGCUCACAUCCUGUCACUUCACCAUUCCACGAGGCGUCUGUCUGCUCCUAACCAGUCAUGACUGAGGCAAAAUCACUGUAGUAUUCUAGUACAUCAGAGCUACUUUGGGAGGAUGUUUCUUCCUCCUGAUGCAGUGUAAAUCUCCCACAUAUCCCCACCUUCCUCUGUUAAAUCAUUAACAUGAGUUCUGGAUAGCUGUCGGGGUACAGUGACGUCCAGAAUGGUUUCUUGUGUGUUUUGAAAGCAAACAUCAUGUGGCCUCUGGGGUUUCUUUUUCUGUAAUGUAAGAAUACUUUUUGGAAUAAUCAGUAUAUUAUUGUAUAUGAUUGCUUUGUGAAAUGUGCAAAUGAUAUCACCUAUGCAGCCUUGUUUGAUUUAUUUCUUCUGGUUUGUACUGUUAUUAAAAGCAUAUUGUAUUAUAGAGCUAUUCAGAUAUUUUAAAUAUAAAGAUGUAUUGUUUCCGUAAUAUAGAUGUAUGGAAUAUAUUUAGGUAAUAGAUGCGUUACUUGGAAAGUUCUACUUGGACAGACUGACAGAGUCUAGGUUAAUUAGCAAAUGUUGUAUCCCAGUGGGCAGUAAAUCAUGAAACAUCCCAAGAAGAGGAUAAGGACCCUUAAAAUGGAAACAGUUCUCCAAAGAUAGACAACUUGAAUUUGUUCAACUGCUGGAUAUAUGUUAACUACACUCCCCUUGUGCCCCCCCAAAAACCUUGGAAUUCUUAGUUUCAGAAGCGUUACUGAUUUUAAGUGAGACGUUUCCUUGUGGUUUGAGUUUGGGAGUAAGUUUAGUAUAAUGUGCAAGUGUGGUUUAUGCAAACAAAAUGGCCUGACAUUAUAGUCAGCCCUCCUUAAGGCGGGGCUAGCCUGGCAUUGUGGUCAGGGGUGGCCUUGUAAGUCCCAUCAGGUUAAGAGUCACACCUCCACGCGCUUCACCGCACGAGGUUAGUAACAGUGCAGAUUCCAUGUUCCUGUUUCAAUACUCUCUGAGAAGUGCCUGAUGAUGCUGAUGUACUUACAGACACAAGAACAAUCUUUGCUAUAAUUGUACAAAGCCAUAAAUGUACAUAAAUGAUCUUUAA